AUGAGGAUCUUCCAGGCCGGCCCUCUCGCCAUUGCGCUCUCUGUUUUUACAGGGGCUGCCUCUGCUUCAGUCUUCCAGAACCACACCUAUGACUAUAUUGUGGUGGGUGGUGGCCCUUCCGGUAUCAUCAGCGCCGAGAAGUUCGCCCAGGCCGGAAAGAAAGUUCUGCUCCUCGAGCGAGGUGUCGGACCAACCGUGGCCACCGGGAACAAUGAGACCCUCACAUGGGACCACUCAUUGACUCCCAUCGACCUUCCAGGACUGUCGGCCAACAUCGGUGCGCUCGAUGUCUGGAACCAGUACAUGUGCACCGACACUGCUGGCAAUGCUGCCUGUGUGCUCGGCGGUGGAGUAACAGUCAACUAUAUGGUCUUCGUUCAUCCGCCAGCCCGUGACUUCGACGACAAGUGGCCCGAGGGCUGGAAGUGGAAGGAUGUCGAGUCGGCUGCAGACCGACUCUACAAGCGCAACCCCGGAACCACCCUGCCCUCCGCCGACGGCAAGCGAUAUGACCAGGGUCUGUAUGAUGUGCUGUCCAAGUUCUUCAGUGGUCUCGGUUGGAAGUCGGUGGAUAUGAUCGCCGAGCCCAAUGAGAAGCACCAGAUCUACAGCUACCCGUCCUGGAACGUGCAGGACCAGAUGCGUGCUGGCCCUGUUCGCACCUAUCUCCCCGCUGCUGCCAAGCUGAGACAACUUCCACUUUGCUCUCCGAACCAAAGUGAUUCGCUUGGUCCAUCAUCACUGUUGCCCCCCCACGGUCGCGUGGUGCUGGCUGCGGGCGCUCUGUCAACUCCGCGUCUGUUGUGGAACUCUGGUAUUGGCGGCAAGGCCCAGAUCGAGACAGCGAAGAAGAGCGGAGUUGCCGUUCCUCCCAAGGCUCAGUGGAUUGACCUGCCUGUCGGUGUCGGUCUCAAGGACCACCCGAUUUUCCCGAUCACCUUCAACACCAACGCAUCAUUUGGACUUGUCGACUACGAAGGUGUACUCAAUGGAACCGACUCUCGGGAUAUCUCCCUCUACCGCAAGCACAGUGGUGUCCUAACUCAGGGCAAGCACCGCUUGAUUUUCUUCACCUCGGAGGAGAUUGAUGGCCACACCCAGUACUACCAGGGCUCGUGCGCGCCUACUGAAGAGGGCGUGGUAACCAUGACCACGUACUUGACUCACGGCCUCACCUCAUCCGGUGUCCUGGGACUUGAUGCCAGCGGGAACACUGUCAUUGAGAAGUCGCCCUACCUCCAGACUGCUGCUGACCGGAAGGCCGCCCGCACUUUUAUCCAGAAGAUGGUCAAGGAUAUCACCGCCCCAUCCACUGGCUUUGAGCUUGAGACUCACACCAAUGUUUCGGCCAUCUUGAAGGCCCAAACCCCUGGCACGCACUACGUCAGCAGUGCGAAGAUGGGUACCGAUGAUGGCCGCAAGAACGGUACUUCUGUUGUCGAUACUAAUACUAAGGUCUACGGAGUGGAUAACCUGUUCAUUGUUGAUGCCAGUAUCCAUCCUGACCUCCCGACCGGUAACAUUCAAACCGCCGUCAUGGUGGUUGCUGAAGCUGCAGCAGCUAAGAUUUUGUCGAACUAA